UGCGGUAUCAUGAUGUCUCUAUUACAGUGUGUCGCGACCAAGUAUGGUCUUGGUAGUCACGACUGGGAAACCUCAUCGUCCGAACACGUCGCAUUCUACAAGCUCUACAUAUCAAUCUUCGUCUUUUACUUGGCCUGCAACAUGUUCGUCAAGUUCGCUCUUCUCUUCUUCUACCGCCACACAACAUACGAGCGUUGGCAUCACUGGACCAUCUGGUUCAUGGAGUUCAUUGCUUUUGCCUUUGGCGUCAGCAGCAUCCUGGUCAUGAUCUUCCAAUGUGUCCCAAUCGCACACCUCUGGGACCCAAAUACCCCCGGAACUUGUAUCAACAUCAAGGCCUUCUUCUACUCUAACUCGAUCAUCAUGAUCGUGAACGACAUCAUUCUUUAUGUUUUGCCCAUCAUCUUUACAUGGAAACUUCAACUUCGCCUCACCCAAAGAAUUGUUCUCAACCUCCUUUUCGCAUUGGGUGCAGUUGUCGUCGCUGCCAGUUUUAUCCGCCUAUAUGUCGUUUACCGAUACGACCAAGACGGUGACCUUUCAUGGAACAUCGCCUCUUGCCUCAUCUGGUCCUCUGUCGAGAACCACCUCGCCGUCUUCAUUGCAUGUUCACCCUCCAUUAAGGCCGUC